AUGAAUUUGCAACUGCCGCAUUUUAGAUACAUAUAUCCUCCAACUAUUUCUUCUGAGAAACAAAGUUGGGGAAUUGUGUGGGGAAUCGUGCCACCAUCACCAGACGUAUAUGAUGAUCAGUCCAUCACAGUUGAGCAAUGGGAAGCCAACUUCACCUUCUUUAUCGACAACAUACGACUCACUGAAAUGCGAAAGGAAGCUCUUGAUCAUGCUGAAGGCAAGAAGUUGAAACUCAACGAGACGAAAACCCUCUACGUCGGCUUCAGAGAAUGUAGUAAGGGAGAAAAGACACUGGAUUUGGAAUCUCUCUCAAUUCCACUCCACCUUGGUCUUCAAAUCAAUACCACUUUAACCUUCAGAGGAUUUACAACAUCUUGUAACUUUAUUGAAAAAGACUCGAAACAGUGGGAAAACAGGAAUUGCAGG